AUUUUUAAGCGAAUUUUAGCUAAUAAACUGCAACAAGUCAAAAACGUAGGAGGAAGGGGAUCUUUUAGCCUCGAUCCCAGGCCGCACCCGUUUAUAACCCGGCUGAAUUAACUGCACAUGUGGAAGACAAAACAGAAUGGAAGUUGCUAGUCUGGGUAACAAGCCAUGGCAGCCCUGCUACGUUGUGAGACUGGGUGACACCACGAUUAUGCUGGACUGUGCACUCGACACGUCCGUACUCCUCAACUUCCUACCACUCCCACUAGUGUACAGCCCCAAGCUGAGUGGUCUACCUCAAUGGAGAUCUAGGAACGCUGACAUGAGUCAAGAUGUACCCACAGAUAUGGUUAGUAUAAUAGUUGUUUGUGUUUAUAACCUUCUUACUCAUUCGUUUAUACAGUUUAAAGAGAAUGUUGGCCAUGUCUUUAUAGACUCUCAACCCCUAGUGAGACUGCCUCAGACUGGUUUGGUGGAUUUCUCCACAGUAGAUGUUUUGCUCAUUUCCAAUUGCUUCUCAAUGCUCUCACUACCCUUCCUGACAGAGAAGUUGGGGUUCAAGGGUCGGAUAUAUGCAACUGAACCAACGAUGCACUUUGGCAGGCAACUGAUGGAAGAGCUGAGCUACUACUUCUACCGCUCACCAACAAAUAAUACGUCUACAAAAUGGCAGGAUGACAGAGUAUGGAGUGCCCUGCCCGAGGGUCAACUCAAGGAUGCCUCUGAUUAUAUCUCAUGGAAAGAGCUUUACAGUGAUGAAGAGAUUGGGAAAGCCAUUGCUAAAGUUACUCCUGUCAGCUAUUCGCAAAAAAUUGAUUUAUUCGGGAGCCUGGAAGCCACACCCAUAAGCUCUGGGUUCUGUCUGGGCAGUUGUAACUGGGUACUUGAGAACGACCAGAUCAAGGUAUCGUACAUCUCCUCCUCGUCCACCUUCACCACUCACCCCUGUUCAAUGGAGCGCUCCAAACCGCUCACCUCCGACGUCAUGAUCCUCUGUGGCCUCACCAACGCCCCAGUAGCUAACCCUGACUCUAUGCUUAGUGAACUCUGUGGGAGAAUGGCUGUAACUCUGAAGGGAGGGGGCAACGUGCUUAUUCCAUGCUACCCAACUGGGGUGGUGUACGAUCUGUUGGAGUGCUUGAAUGCCUUCCUGGAUACAGCCGGACUCAGUCAGGUUCCUGUUUAUUUUAUCUCCCCCGCGGCCAAAAGUUCACUCAAGCAUGCCAAUAUCUACGCUGAAUGGCUGUGCGAUGCGAAGAAGUCAAAAGUGUUUAUACCAGAGCGCCCCUUUCCCCACUCGGAGUUCAUCAAAAGUGGACGACUGAGACAUUUUCCCAACAUUCAUGGUGGUCUGGGGAGCGUGUAUCAGACCCCCUGUGUAGUGUUCACUGGUCACCCCUCUCUCCGGUGUGGCGAUGCCGUGCACUUCAUGGAGGCUUGGGGAAGCUCACCAAAGAACUGUGUCAUCUUCACAGAACCAGACUUUGAUUAUCUCCAUGCACUGGCCCCCUACCAACCAAUCAGCAUGAAGGCAUUCUAUUUCCCCAUUGAUCCAAGACUCAACUUCUUUGUUGCUAACAAGCUCUUGAAGGAGCUAGCUCCACAGUGUCUGGUUACCGAGGAGACGUAUCUUCCUUCAUCAGCACACUCCCACAAGGACAACCUCUGUAUUCAACCAGAGAUGCCAUUUUAUGAUCUCAGUCGGAACAAGGUCGUACAGAUCCCUAUCAAGGGAGAAUUUGAACGAAUACACAUCUCGCCCGAGUUGGCAGGCAUAAUUCAACCACAAGAGCUCUACCCGGGAGUGUCUGUGACUACCCUCUCAGGCAUGCUCAGUUUCAAGAACAACCAUCACACACUCCACCCCCAUCCUCACCCCACCAACAAGACACUGUGGGGACAGCCUUCUCUCGAGGGAAUCGUCAAGGCACUCAGAGAGAGAGGUAUAAUGGAGGUCAAUGUGGAGGAACAGCAUGACAAGAGAGUGGUAACCAUGCUCAACGGUAAAGCCACACUUCACCUCACUGACAAAACCACCACCAUCUAUAACUGUCAGGAUGACAAACUCAAGGACUUGCUCAAAGAGAUUAUCUUCUCUCACAUACUACAAUUUUAGUUAGUUGGUUUUUUUUUUCAUUCACAUUUGACUUGUGUGCUGUAUACAAUGCAAAAAUAAUUAUUAUUUAUAUAAUGUUGAUCAAAAGGACA